AUGACCUCCGCUAGUGACUCUGUCUCGUCCCACUCUAGUUCAAGGGCGUCCCGCGAGCAAAAUGUUGAAGCCCAGGCUGAGGCUGACGCUGCUGUCCAUAUAUCUGAGCAAGGUGCUUCUGCAGGCAUGAAACAUCGGUCUAACUCCAUAAGUGUCGGGAGUUCAAUUUCACAGUUUGGGAACUCGGCUAGUAUUGUCGUAUCGGAGAAUCUUGCCACUAUGAAGGGGGUGAUGAUGGAUGAUGCCCUUCCUCGCGCACAAGAGGCAUUGCAAACUGUUGGCGGUCAGAUCCAGGCGCUCACGAACGGAAAGAAAGAGCCCGAGGAGUCGACAUCAGGAGAGGUUACCUUGACAUCCGAGGAGCACGAAUGCAUCGACACAAUGGACAACGAGCGGGUCUGCGACUUCCUACGAGAGAACCACAUGAGCACUACGCGACCACGAAAGACGCAUUAA